CCUUGUUAGCGGGGAGCUCGAGGGAGCCGGAGGGAACAGGGAGUCCAGAAGCUGGUUCUGGGGUCCUGUGGAAGAGACAGUUUGUUCGCGUUUGCUCCCCUUCGUCUCCAGAGCCUCCUCGGGGGUUUCUGUGUCAGGAGGGCGGGGAUGGGCAGCACUGAGAGCACUCCCCGCAAAGUGUCCUUCGGGGUGGACGAGGAGGAGCGGGUGCGGGUGCUGCAGGGUAUCCGGCUUUCUGAAGAUGUAGUUAACCGCAUGAAGGACCCCUCUGCAUCACCAAGGGUACAGCGAUCAUCUCCUGCAUCGCCACCUGCUGCUUCGUCACUUCAUACUUCACCACCUCCUCCUUCAUUUUCUCAUUCUUCAUCUUUUGCAUUUGGCUCUCCAGAAGGCAAGUCAAAGCACCCUAGGACAGAUUCUAAAGCCCCCAAAGCUGAUAGCCAGAGUAACCGGCAGCCCUCGGAAGCGGAAGAGGAUCUGUACCGGAGAUAUGAACAAGAACAGGCCUUGAUCCAAGAAGAGCUACUUCAGCUGGUGAAGAGAGAAAGGGAGGUGGCCAGGGAGCACCGGAAGUCACCCCUUCCAUGGGAGAAGAAUGGCAUGAGCCAGGAGAAGCAGAGAUCAGCCCAGCUGGCCAAGGAACUGGAAGGUGUAGAGGCAGAGCUAAGACGCCGUGACAUUUUCUAUAAAGAGCAAUUGGGUCGCAUUGAAAGAAAGAAUGCUGAAAUGUACAAAUUGUCAUCACAACAGUUCCAUGAGGCAGCUACUCGGCUGGAGGACACAAUAAAACCUCGAAGGGCCGAUCCUGUGUGCUCAGGCCUUCAGUCCGAGAUCCUUCGCUGCUACAGAGACAACCUUCGCGAGGUGCUGAAGUGUUCCGACCUGGUCAAGGCCUAUCAGCACUGUGUGAGCACCGCCCAAAAGGGCUGAAGAGGAACAAUCAUUCCUGGCAUGGAGGGCGCCCAGCAGCAGCAGGCACACUCCAGCAAAGUCACCGCUUGCAGGACCACAGAUCCCUGGGUUUGUCGCCAACAUUUCCAGCCAGCUACCAAUAUGUGACCAAGAAACACCACUGUGCUUUGGGUUUAUCAUAGUUAAAGUGACAUGUUUAAAAAAAAAAAGUGUAUGUUCACAACUGCUCUGACCAAAUAAAGCAGAUGACUUUGUUUUCAA